AUUGGAACAAUACAAACAACCGAACUCGAAUCAAAUUGGAACUACUCCUCGAUAAUCCGUCCAAAUCAUCUACUCCGAGCUCCGGCGAUUAAAGCUUCUUGUUUCUCCGGCGAUUUCAAGCAUAUUUUGUGUGGCAGAAAGUUGUGAUGAUGGGUUGUCAACAGACAAAUUGAAUGCGGAAAGAAGAACUGUCUGAGAAUCAGCGAUUAAAACGGAGCAGAUGAAGAUGGGGCAACUAUGAUAUUCAGCUGCUUCUUUAUCUGUUACUAAAGAGGAAGUUUUCCGUGAAAUUUGGUGAUAGGAACGAAGAAGAUAGAGAAAGGAUUCUUCUUCCUUUGUGAAUAAAAUGGCUACUUCUCAGCAUCGAUGUGUUUUUGUGGGGAAUAUACCAUAUGAUGCUACUGAAGAACAGCUUAUUCGAAUAUGUGAGGAGGUUGGUCCUGUUGUUUCCUUCAGAUUAGUUAUUGAUAGAGAAACGGGGAAACCAAAAGGUUAUGGCUUCUGUGAAUACAAGGAUGAAGAGACAGCUUUAAGUGCUCGCAGAAAUCUUCAGGGUUAUGAGAUCAAUGGGAGGCAAUUGCGAGUUGAUUUUGCUGAAAAUGAUAAAAAUAUGGAUAAAAGCAGAGAGCAGGGUCAUGGGGGACCUGGAUUGAGUACAAAUAUAGGCGAUAAUCAAAAACAAGUUGGGGCCCAAGCGGGCCGACCAGGUUCUGGUCUCCAGCAACUAAUUGGUCUUCCAGUUGCUAUGGCUGCUGCAAACGUCAUGGCUGGAGCUCUCGGUGGUGCUCAGAUUGCAGCAAAGCCGACUCAAUUUGGUUUGGAGAAUCAGCCAGGAUUUGGUAGUGACCCUUUGACAAUGCACCUGUCCAAAAUGUCAAGAAACCAGCUGAUUGACAUUAUAGCUGAGCUGAAGGUACUAGCUACAGAAAACAAGGAAAAAGCGCGUCAACUACUACUUGCGACCCCAUUGCUGCCUAAAGCAAUCUUUCAGGCACAAGUGAUACUGGGAGUUGUAACCCCACAAAUGUUGCAAAUGCCAAAUAUUCGGGCUUCUUUCUCUUCUGGACAAGGUCAGCAGUCGGGAGUCCAACCUCUUCCUAGCUUCCCUCCUCUUGCACAGAAUAACCUGCAUUCUGAUUUGAUGCUCAAGUCACAAGAAGUUGAAGUCCCUGCUGUUCAGCUUCCCAUCUUAAGCCAGAGCAAAUAUCAGCAACAAGGUCCAGCACCAGUGCUGCCUGGAACAUCAACAGUUUUUCCACCACACUCUCAGAAUAUGAUGAACAUGUCUGCAAGGCCACACAUACAGGCGGCUGCUACCCCUUAUGCGAAACAGCAAGUGCAACCUUAUAUGUUUCAACAUCAAAGCCAGGCUGUGCCUGCAAAACUGGGGCAUAAUAAUAGUCAGUUGGUACAUCCUCAAGGAAUCCGAGAGCCGUUUUUGUCUAGCUCCUUAAAUGUGGAUGGCGUUCCAAAUUAUACAAGCACAGAAUAUGUUAGACCUCCCCAACUUCACAACAACACAGAUAGGGAAACCUAUCAGCGGUUGCCUCAAGGAUUAUCAGAGAAGGCGACCAUGAUCAACAACAAUCAAGAUACAGUCAAUCGUCCUUCCAAACUUUUAAAAUUGAAUGAUGGAAGGUCUACCUCCUUUCCUGCAGAUGUCAAUAUGUAUACUUCUGUAAAUGGGCCAUCACAAGUUACUGGAAUGUACAGUAGCCACCCUAAACCAGAAGAAGCCUCAACUUCUGAAAAACAGACUUCUCAGUUACCCCUUGAGUUGGAUUCUGCCAUACUGCAGCAAGUGCUAAGUCUGACACCAGAGCAGUUAAGUUCUUUGCCACCAGAUCAACAGCAACAAGUAAUUCAGCUCCAACAGAUGCUGCGGCUUAGUUGAUAAACUAGAGCUUAUCUGGUCUAAAGUUUCUGAAACCUGUCAAUUUUCAUGGUACAUCUGACGAAAUGCAAGAGAACUAUAUCAUAGAUGAUGUAUAUCUUCUCGCUGGUGAGUAUAUGUAGAAACCGGAGCUCGAUAGCAAUUUUUUGGUACAGAACAUUCGAAGGGGUUCUGUAUCAUUUGUAGUACAUAUUCUGGAGUCUGAUCCGCUCCAUUGAUCUUUACCUUGGGAGGAGAAAGAGAACAGGCGAGGCAACAGUCAAAACAAUUGAAGAUUAAGAGGGGUUGAAGUUUACAAUUGUAUACCAUGAUAUAUAUAUAGUGCUUGAGCAAUGUAUAUGUUGCGACAUUUUUGACCAAUGUUUUCAAGGUGAUUGUCAUCCGACGGAGUGUAUUGGCUGUUUAGCCUUAUAAUUUUUUUUGCUUGAAAAACAAAGUUGUGUUGAAAUAGUGCAUUGUAUUUCUUCCAUCAUUCAUAACUUUCUCCAGGUGUUUUAGUGUUUGCCCAAGUUGUGGCUGGGAUGGGCACAGAAAGUAUUGUUAUUUCCUUUACUCGAGCAAUUCAGAUAUUUUACUGUUA